UUGCGCACGACGACAAAAAAGAUACCCGCGAGCUGCGCGUGCUUGUGUGCUUUCCGCGUGUAGCUUCAAAUCUGAAGUAGCGUCUAGCGUUGAAGGUUCUUCAGAGAAACUUUGAGAUAAUAAGACUGGCAAGAGAUUUUUUACCGUGAAGGGCAGUCGGCAUCGAUGAGCUGAUCGAGAGACAAGAGAACAGGAUGCAACAGGGCGUCGAGCGAUGAAGCGUCGCAAACUCGCCGUUGCAGACGCCUAGUCGUUCUCACAGGAAACAAGGGAAAUAAGCGCCUCUCCUUCGUCCGGUCGAUCAGCAAAAAUACGGCGCUGCGAUGAGCUCGACGACGGAUACGCUGGGCAGCACGAGCGAGCCCAGGGACACGGCCGAGGCCCGCAGGAAGCUCGUCAACACCAGCCUCCUUUCCCUCAAGUGCCUGCUCUUCUUCUUCUUCGGCGGAAUGGGCUGUCUGCUGCCCUUCCUCCCUCUUCACAUGCUGGCGGUGGGUCUGAGCGCCGCCGAGAUCCGCACGAUAUCGAUGAUCUCGCCCGCGGUCGCGAUCCUGGGGCCGCUGAUCGCAGGACCGCUGGCCGACCGGGCGGCGUUGGCGACACACCGAGCGGGCCCCGACAAGCCGACGCCGAUCGGUGACCGGCCGAGCAACGGCAGAUACCUCCGAGUGAUGAUUGCCGUCUGCUGCGUGUUCUCGGUGCUGUUCUACUCGCUUCUGCUGCUCGUGCCGGCGGUCAAGAGGAUCGACCUGCCGCACGAGCUGCAGCCCGCCGUCAAGUUCUCGUGCGACGAGCGCGGCGCCGUGGUCCACCAGGAAAGGUGCCGCAACGCCAUCGGCUGUCACCGUUGGACGAACGAGGACCAGCUGGGCACGCUGCGUCUGGACGGCUGCCGCUACGCAUGCCGCGAUGCCCAGAGAGCCAGGCAGGCGCCCGCGAGCGGCCUGCAAGCCGACGAGCCCGCGAGCGUGGUGCCGCUGCGGCUCGCCGCGGAGGGCGCCGCGGAGGGCGCCGCGGAGGGCGCCGCGGGCGGCGACCAGCUGCCGGGCGUGGUGCCGUUGGGCGGACUGGCGACCGCGGGCCCGCCGACCACGGGGGCCGACGUGCUCCGAGCAGCCAGGGCAGGUGCGAGCACGGAGGCGCCGCUGAGCGAGGCCCCGCACGUCUGCUACAAGGACCCGCGCGGACGCAAGAUCUGCCACGUGUUCUCGAGCGGCGCGGCGACGCCCGGCGGCCUGGCCGUGCGGGCGAGUCUGCGGCAGGCUGUGAACGCCGAGGACGCGGCCGACUGGUGCGCCUACCCCGUGGCGCAGUACAUGCAGUGCCGGAUACCGACGCGCGUUCGCGGCGCGGCGGCCAACCGGAGCUGCGCGGUCGAGUGCUCGCUGAGGGCGCCCUACGACGCGGACCCGGGUGAGUGGCCUGUACUCGUCGCGAGGGGGGGUUGCUGCCUCCGGCUGUAACGAGCAUCCAUCUCACGCGCAGCGCCGGACCAGCUGCUCGCCGAGAGCCAGUGCAGGCAGCUGAUCGGCAACGAGCAGCUGACCUUUUGGAUGUAUCUGGCGAUCCGCUCGCUGGCCGACAUCUUCCCGAGCGCCGCGCUGGCACUCGUCGACGCCGCCGUCGUGAUCGCCACGCGCGAGAGCUCUGCCGGACGCGGCGACGUCGGCCGCCAACUGGCCUUCGGCUCGCUGGGCCUGGCUCUGUUCGGGCCGCUGUCCGGCUACCUGACCACGCUCCUCGGGUCGCAGCCGGCGUACUACGCGCCGUUGGCGCUGCACGGGCUGCUGGCGCUGCUCGCCGCCUGCGUCGCGCUCUCGGCCGACUCGAUGCCGCUCGGCCCGCCCGAGUGGUGGUGGCACACGAGGAGCGGCAUGCUGGCGUUGCCGAUGAGCUCGGUGAGGAAGUAUCGCGGUGAGACCGCCGCACUGUUCCUCGUGCUCGUCGUCAUGGGCGCCUUUUGGGGCGCCAUGGACACCUAUCUGCCCAUACAUUUGGCGCAGCUGGGUAGCGACGAGCUCGCGAUUGGACUGGCGCUGACGUUCGGCGCCUUGCCCGCGUUGCUGUUUCUCUGGAAGUCGGAGCACCUCGUCGAUUACUGCGGCCACAGCAAUCUUCUCAUCACUGCCUUCAUUAUUUAUAUCGUCAGGUUCGUCGCAUUGAGUCUCGCACCGGAUGUCUGGUGGGCCUUGAUCUCCGAAUCGCUGGAACUUUUCACUCUUGGUGUGAUGUGGGUCACCGCGAUCCUCUACUUCCGUCACUUGAUUUCGCGACAAAUGACGGCCACCGGUCAAGCGUUUCCGGUCAUCGCUCACUUUUGCCUUGGCCGAGCAAUUGGAGCUGUGAUUGGUGCUUGCGUUGACAAAAUCAAAAGUGACAAUGAAGUCGAUGCUAUGAGAUGGAUCUACAGGUACAUGGCAGCAGCCGCAGCUGUGAUGGCUACCUUGUACUUUGCCAUUUAUCAUGGUCUUCUCAAGCCCAGAUGUCACACACAGACUGUGCAGGGUAGCCACAGACAACCGCCUACCAUUGUUCAAGCGAUAAAUGGCAAUGGCAAUUAUACGCCGCUAAGAAUCUACCACAAUGGUAUGGGUCGAAAAGGGCAAUUCCGAUAUUGAAGAAACGAAUUAACAUUCAAUAACAGUAAUUCGACGCUUCUUGCAUUUAUAUCACACAUACGGAAAUUUAUUUUUUUAUAACUACUAGAACUGAAAAUUUCUGUCAUUUCCAUAUCAUUCGUUAACGCGUUAUGUUGCCCAGUGAGUGAUCUUCAUCUUUUUUUAGACGUUUAAUAUAUUUAAUAUAUUAUAUUGUAAAUGUAUGAAUGAAUAAAUAUUGAAAAUAAUUGUAACAGAUUUUAUUUUAUUUUUACAAAGCUUUCUAAAAAAUGCCAAUGAAUCGAUGAUAGUUGCAUCAAGAAUCUGAUUUGAUGAUACUUCUUUUCUCUACCUAAGAGUUUUAGGUACAUAUGCAAUGUGAACGUUUAAACUACAGAUCUAUGAGUCUAAUUUUUCAUUUCUCAAAUGAAGAAUAUUAAAAUUCUCUUUAGGCAUUAUCUUACUCUGUUAGUGAUCAUUUUUAAGAGACAUAUCUAGACAACGUUAAAAAAAAUCUCACCUAUUUACAAACGACAAUAGCAUUGAUCCUCGCGGAAAAGGAAAACGCCUGCGUUAUAAAAAUGUAAAAUAUUCAGACUUUUGAAAAGUUAUAUUAGGUCAUUUCAGAAUAUACACGGAUUUGUACACUGCUUCAAUAGCAAACAUGGAGUAAUUGAAGAUAUAAAAUUUAAGAAUUAUCUUCAAUAAAGUCGGGUUCGUUUCGUACAAAUGUCGAUUCUGACACGACUUAAUUUUAUACGAAUUAAAAUAUUUUGUUUAUUUAACAUAAUAAUGGCUUUUCAGUUGAACAGAAAACAUAUAAUUAUAUUCAUUAGAAAAGAAGAUACUACCGAAUGUGUAAACUUUCUACAGAAAAU